CCCUGCCAAAUGGACCACUCUCUCUUUUGGCAGCUCUUGAUGGCCAGAUAUAUCUUCUCAACGGGCUAACCGUGUAUUCGACCACAUUGUCAACUACUUCGGUUCACCUUAUGGCUUACAUCAAUUUCACAAGCCAAUCGCAUGCCCUGCGGGCCUACUUUUUCCCCGAUGCACUUGUGUCCCCAACUCUUCAGUCGGUUCCUUCUAAUGAUGUCCCACCUUGCUUGCCCAGGGGUCUUCUCCCAAAGACCUUAAAUGCACAUAAUGGACAGAUACAGCCCAUUGCCAGCUGCAGCUUCCUCUGCCUACCUUCUCCAUCUCACGGAAGCGAUAAAAAUAUUGAAUCUGCCUCCACCACUACAACGAAUAAUACUGGCAGGAGCUACACUUGCGUCUGCCCCACUGGAGUGUCUACUCCGACUAUUGCUUCAACUGGUCAAUCCGAGGUAAGCUAUGGAGACGCAUCUAAUAUUAACCUUUUAUUUUUAUGUGAGCUUACAUAUAGAAUUUUGCUCCAAAAUUUGUUGUUGAGCUUAAUUACAUUUAGAAUAAAAAUAUUCGGUGAAGUGAUUCGAAGUUGA